ACAAGAAAGAGUAAGAAAAGGAAGUAGGAGGAGUUCCUUUCUCUCCCUCCCCCACUUCGUUUCCUUUUACAGAAGAACUCGAGGAAGAGAAUAGGAGAAAAGAAAUAUAAUUCUCAAAAAUAAGAGAAAGAAAAGAGAUCUCUGCACCAAAACCAGGUUUGCCUUAGCCUUCCUUGUGUUCUCUCUCUUUAUCUGUUUUUUUCCCUUCUUUUCUGGUCUAUUACUUGUGUUCUUUUUGAGGAAGGAGAGGAGGAGAAGGAGGAGAGAGAGGAAGAAGGAAUUGAUUUAAAGGUUUGUGAGAAAAGGGGAGAAGGGAAGGAGAGCAACAGCGGGUCUCCCUCUCAGUACUCUCUGAGGAUGGAAGGCUUCUCGCCGGCCUCUCCCCCGCGAAUCUUUUGGAAUUCCCGCAAGAGAUCAGCCGGUGGCCGGAGCUUGGAAAACGCACUCAGGGAAGAGAACCUCAAAGCACCCACCAAUCAACCCGAGGAAGCGGCGAAGAUGGACGCUGCACCACCACCCGCAUCAGACGAUAGCCCAAAGGAGGGAACGAAAGCCGCAUUAUCCGGCCGCCGCAGAGCUCUCUUCGAGCCACUGGAGCCAAACGCCAAGGGUUGGUUGGGCGGCCGCCGCACCCCGGCUGAAGUCCUGCUUCCCCCACCGGACUUCGACUCCACGUCGUACCCCAAGGGAUGGUUGGUGGGCAAGAAGCGGAAGCUCGUAAACGUUGACGUCGUGGAGAGCAUGCGGAGGAUCGCCGUUCAGGAGAUGAACAGAAAGGACAGAGAGAUCGAUGGGCUCAACGAGCAGUUGGAAGAGGAUGCACGAUGCCUCGAGCACCUCCAAGUUCAACUGCUGCAGGAACGGAGCAAACGGGGGGAGGUCGAGAGGGAAAAUGCGAUGCUUCAGGACCAGGUCUCCAUGUUGAUGAACAUGCUCGAAGAGAACCAAGCCGUGGAAGAAGAGCCAGUGGCUGCUCCCAUCAAUCCUUGAUGUCCGCAUGCAAUCCCUUUGUCACGGAAUACACGGCGUUGUUAAUACCUAUGAAAUGCGUAUGUAUCUGCGUGUAUGUUGCGCUUCGUAGCAUCGCUUGGAGAUGGAUAUCCCCCCCCUCUCGUAUAUGAUGGUGAUUGCAUCCCUUCAUUCUGUAAUUCUUUCGUAUUGCGUACCUGUGCGAUAAUAAUUCGAUACGUAUCUCGAUUCUUGUAGACCCCUACCAUCCGGUUCAUGAUGAAAUAUUUUUGUCACAAAGAUUUGGACCAUAGGAUGUCAUAUAAUGAACUAUUUAGUUAUUUAUUUAUUUAAAAUCUAACACU